AUGAGAGCGGCCGGGCUGAGCUGCCGGGAGCCGGAGGCUGGUGAUGCCAAAGCCACGGAGGAGACCAUGGCCAGGCACGGUGCUGGGACACUCUUCCUGCUGUGGCUCUCCCUGCUCCGGUCUGUCUGCCUGGGCGGGACCCUGCGCUGUGCCUCGGUGGCCGUGGGCUCAUCCGUGGUGCCCCUUGGCUCGGCCAUCAUGGCAUCCUGCACCAUCCGGCUCGAGUUCUGCCAUGGCUUGGAGCAGGGGAAGGUCUGGAUCUCCUGGAUGCUGGACAAUGAGACCAUGGCUGGGAGCCAGCACCGGGGCCCAGGGGGAACGGAGGUGUCCAACCUCACCCUGGCCCAGUUCAACCGCACGCGGGCCAAGCUGUGGUGCUUGGUGGAGUGGAACGGGGCCAAGCAGCGCGUGGGCAUGGCUGAGAUCAGGGCGGGCUACCCGCCUGCAAAGUCCUUCAACCUCAGCUGUGUCCUGAACCUCAGCACCUAUGGGUUGACGUGCCAGUGGGAGCAGGGAACCGACAGCCUCCUCCCCACCAAUGUAACACUGCAGUGUGCCCAGAGCAGGGCCCCAGCAGUGACGGGCUGCACCCCGCAAGGCGGCAGCAGGGCCUGCACGGUGCCGCGCCAGCUGCUCCAGCUCUACCGGGAAAUGGAGCUCUGGGUGUCGGUCACCAACGCGCUGGGCACAGCCGAGUCGGAGCGGCUCCGCAUCGACCCCAUGGACGUGGCCAAGCUGGACCCACCGGCCCUGCAGAGCAUCCAGUCCAUCCCCUUCCAGACCGACUGCAUCACCCUGGCCUGGGAGCUGUCCCGCAGCACCGCGCACAUGGAGCUGGAGUGUGAGCUGCGCUACCGGGUGCCUGAGAACCCUGCCUGGGCUCUGGUCACUGGCAUCGUGGGCCAGGCGGGCACCGCGCAGCGCUGCGGCUUCCUCUUCGGCACGUGGUACCACUUCCAGAUGCGGUGCCGGCGGAGCUCGGCACGAGGCUACUGGAGUGAGUGGAGCCCAGGCAGGAAUUACACCACCCACGAGAAAGCCCCCACGGGGAAGCUGGACGCGUGGUGGAGCACCCGUCUGGCCAGGACAGGUGGGCAGCUGGAGGUGCAGCUGCGCUGGAAGGCCCUGCGGCGGCAGGAGGCGAAUGGGCGAGUGCUGGGGUACCGCGUCACCCUGAGCCCAAGGAGGAGGGGCAGGGACCCUCCCACCGUCUGCAACACCACCCACACCCACUGCAACUUCUCUGCCCCGGAGGGGACCAGGAGGGUCUAUCUCUCAGCCUACAACGCUGCCGGCGAGUCAGCAGCGACCGAAGUUGUUCUCCUAGAGAGGAAAGACGGCAUCGAGCCUUUCCAGCGGUACAACAUCUCGCUGUACCCCCUCUACAACCACGCCGUAGGGGUGCCCGUCCACACCACAGCCUACUCCAAGCAGAAGGCACCAUCCGACGCCCCGAAGCUCCACCUGAAGAGCAUCAGCAAGUCCAACGCUGAGCUCCGCUGGGACCCGGUGCCUGUUGAGAUGCAGAAUGGCUUUAUCACCGGCUACACCAUCUUCUGGGCCAACAGCAUCGCAGAAGUGCCGAGCGCUGCCGUGAAUCCCACUCUCAGCUCCUUUGUCAUCCAGGACCUGAAGCCAUCGACCCUGUACAGAGUGCACAUCAUGGCAUCCACGGCUGCCGGCAGCACCAACGGCACCAGCCUGACCCUGGUGACCACGGUGCUCGAUGACAAUGAAAUCCAGUUCCUCUUCCUGACCCUGGGGCUGAUCUUUGUCCUGUUCAUACUUUUGCUCAUCUGCUUCCAGAAGAACGGGCGGUGA